CAGCAGCCGAUGGAUUAGUCUCACAGAAAGUUCAAAGAAAUUAUUCUUCAUUGGCUUUGGUCUUACAGCAUAAACCACUGCGUAUUCACCAAAUAGGGUUUCUUUUAUUUUUAAGAGACCUAUUAUUUGGUGAAACACAUUUCACCAAAUAAUAGGUCUCUCAUGUAAACACGGAAACUCGAUACGAUUGGACUUUGUGUCACGCGUUAUACAAACUUGUGCUUUGUUUUCCGGAACAUAUAUAUUUGGUGUUUAUGUGUCGUUGUUACUGUUAGUCAGGCGAUUUGAAGGUCAAAUACGAGAUAAAUAAAUCAGAUCCCUUAGAAGACUAAGAAGUGUUACAUUUGACAAAAUUCUAUAGUUCUGCUACCAUUAUUGUUGCUCUAUAUUCUCGUUUAUGUGUAUACAAGCAAUUACAGAGUUAAGUAUAGUGUUUCACUUAACAAAUAUGGCCAACGACCAUACAAGCAGUACUGUAGUUAUUGAACAAUGCGGUCAGCUGAACGUAGUUGCAGGAGAACCCUCAAGCUCACAACACAGACUUCAACGAUCGAUUAGCAGUGUAGGUCAACUUAUAGCGCAUUUUAAAGAAACACAAAGUUAUAAAUCUGUCCGAUCUGCUGCUUCAGAGCACAGACACUGCGAUGCUAUUAUUCAUUGUUAUGGAUUCCCAGGAGCAGGAAAGUCCCAGAUCAUGCGAAAGAUAGCCCGAGAAUUUCCCUAUUGUGAGGCGCCUCUGAGCGUACGGUGGCAUAUGGAAUGUAAAGACAAAAAGCAGAGUGUAAAGCAUUCAUUUACCGAUCUAGUUGCAGAGAUAUACAGAAAUAAUCUAGCUCCCGAGGAUUCGGCGCCACAAGAUUCCGUCCUUGGCGCUUUACAAAACAAUCGUUCAGAGUCAUUCGUCAACCUCCUAAUUUCUCUUAGUAUUCCUGUACUUAUUAUUGCGGAGGAUGUCUCCCAAAAAAAUGUUGAUCCUGGCGACUAUGAACUGUUUCUUGAUUUUGAAUGUUGUCUAGGUAAAAACGUACCGCGGUCAGAGUCACCCAUUCACGUUUACAAAACUACCAGAAUGCUUGGCAAUACUCUUCAAACAGAAGAAAGGGAAAGUCUUUAUCGCGAACAAAAUAGAGUGUACAAACAUAUCAAAGUUGAAGGUUUCAUCCAAAACGAAGCUAUAAACUACCUUCUUCCAGACUGUACUGGUGCUUCGCGACAAGAGAGACAAUCUGCUAUUGACAUUUGGAAACGAUUUAGUGGUUCACCCUUAGGUAUCCGUACAGCAAAAGCUUAUUGCAAAGAGUAUAAAUUAUCUUACGUUACUUACAUAGAGAGAUUAAAGAAAGAUGAAGUAUCAGUCCGUGAACUUGAAAGUGAACUCCUUGAGGAUGAGUACGGUCCUAGUGUCCACCACAUCUUCCACGCAAUUACGAUGCAAUUUAAACCAGGUCAGCCAAACGAAACGAGAAGUUUGCAAGUUUGGAAAGUACUGAAAUGCUUAUCCUACCUUCAUUACACAUGCAUACCACGUUUUUUGGUGAAAAGGUUUUGCCAAUAUUUCCGUAGCUUUGAUGAAACUCGAAAUGCGCGUGUUGCCAACAGAAGGGACGCCGAUUAUCUUAUCCAAAAACUGAAAAGACACGAAUUGUGCAGCGUGAACAAUAAUGGUGACAUGACAUUCCACGAAGUCGUGUUUCACGCAUUUCGCACCUGCAAGGAGAUAUCUCGGGAUGUUAACCCCAUUGUAUGCGCCGUUGAAGUGAUCGCUUCUGUGAGCUGCAAGGACCUGAGACAAAAGAAGUACAUGAAAAGGGUGCUAAGACUUUUGCCACACAUACUAAGUCUUUUAGACCACAUUGGACCUAUGAAUAUUGGCAAUGGAGACGACCCUAUGUUUCAACUUUUGAUUGGUCACGUAUACGAAGUGUUCGGAGCUCACGGUUGCCGUCUAGCGCUCGAGUACAAGGAAAGAUGUAACAAAUAUCUGCAGAAGGCUUUUGAAAUCGUAUGCGAAGUUGCAUUCAACCGAAGCAUGUCUUUUCCAGAAUUUGAGAACAUCCACCGUGAAGGACAAGACACUCGUGAUGUGGACAAGUUGAUAGAAGAAUGUCGAAAUGCUGGCAACAAACUCGGUCCUGGGUUUAUCGACAACUACAUACAAAAAGUUUUGAUUCUUCGCCCAGAUAGCCAUGACUUCCAAUUUUUACAAAAGCUUUGUGCUGAUGGCCAGGUAAGCACAAGGUUAACCCAAGUUAAGGAAACAUUGGAAGCAAAUCCAGUGACAUCAUUACAAAUUCUGCAAGAGUUAAGGCACUGUCGAGUCUUUUUGGAAGAAAAUGACUAUGCUAAUAUAUUUUUUGGAGAAAGAAUAGCCUCUAUUUUGCAUUCCGCGAGUCGAGUAAUAUUUGACCAAGAUAACGCAACCUACGAAGAACAUAAACGUAGAUUGUGGAUGUCUAACAUGACGUUUGCAAUUUCUCGGAAAUGUCGCAAUCAGUUUGGCACUGGUCUCCUUCAUGAGCAUAUUUCGCAACUUGCAGGAGUAGUCCCGAUCAAACUGAUUACAAAUAAGCUGCAAACGGAUUCAAACAUGAAAAAGAGGGAAUUGAGGCAACUCAAAUUGGAUUGCGAGAAUGCUAUACAGAAAAACAGAACAUUGGAUUAUCAAUUGUACGAACAUGGAUUAGCAAGAGAAACAAAAGGGAGCGUGUACAACGAACUGAGAAUGCAAAGGCAAAUGGUCAGAAUACACACAAGUCUAGUUAGAGAUGUUUCGAUCGCAGAGUUUAUUGAAGAAGGAAGGGCUGUCUGCAACGAACUGUUUCGUGAUGCUUGUAGUAACACGGAUGAAAUGGUUGCUUUCAAGUGCUUUGUUCACUGUGGGAAGUUCUUUACUGCUAUAGGGGAGCACCAGGAAGCUAUUCGCUGCUAUCAAAAGUUCUUUGAUGCCGAAGAAGAAAGCAGUGUGCGCCCCCCUUAUUACAUACAUGCAUGGGCAGUGAGCAACUACGGUGAAAGUGUUCACAAAGGACGACUACUUGACUUGUAUGACAAUGUGGUUCGUCGUUGUCGGGAGGUUAAUGAUUCAACUGAACGAAUUACCAUGAAAGUCCACAAUCAGUUACGCGAGCUUCCUGAAAAGCUUAUAUAAUUCUUGCAGCGUAUACCCGCAGUUACAACUUAAAUCUUUUAGUCAUUUGAGCUAUUUUAUAAUUUUUUAUCACUGUGUAUAUUUCAUAAGA